CAAAAUGGUUUGCGCAUUUGUUUUGUUCUGGUUGUGCUUGUGGCGUUUGAUUGGUGUGUUUGGUGAGUCAUUAUCAGUGAUUGAGGGAGAUGCAGUGCUUCUACACAGUAAUGUAACUGCAAUACAUAAAAACGACGACAUACUGUGGAAAUUUGGAGUUGACAAGUCUCUCAUAGCUCAAAUUGAUGGAGAGAAACAAAUCUUUCCUGAUGGGAGAUUCAGAGACAGACUGAAGCUGGACAGACAAACUGGAUCUCUGACCAUCACAAACAUCACAACUAAACAUGCAGGAUGUUAUGAACUAGAGAUAAAUGGGGAAAAACUGUCAACAAAAACAUUCAGUGUUUCUGUCUAUGCCCAGUUACCUACUCCUAACAUUACCAGAGAUGUUUCACAAAAUUCUUCAUCAUCAAAUGAUUUACUGGUGUGUUCAGUGGUGAAUGUGAGUGAUGUGACUCUCUCCUGGUACAAAGGAAACAGUUUAUUGUCCAACAUCAGUGUGUUUAAUCUCAGCAUCAGUCUCUCUCUACCUCUGGAGGUGGAAUAUCAGGAUAAAAACACCUACAGCUGUGUGAUCAACAAUCCCAUCAGCAACCAGACCACACAUCUCAACAUCACUAAACUCUGUCAGACACAUUUAGAUCAAGGCCUUUCCUUAUUGUACAUAGUGUUGAUUUCUGCUGCUGGAUCUCUGUUGAUUGUAGCUGCAGUCAUGGUGUGCUGCAUCUGCAAGAAAUGUAGAAAAACAGUCCAGACCCAGGAGGAAGACAGAACUCAUUCAGCAUUGUGUAAACCAACAGCUCGAAAAACGAAAUCAAAGUCGGAUGCUUUGUAUGAAAAUAUCCCCAAAAGACGAUAAUCAAAUAUUGGAUCUGCCAGAAAGGAUGUUUGAGCUCAUACAGGACCCGGACUCAUUUUGCUUUUGUGCCCAUUCAUUCUCAGUCCGGAUGUUAUUCUUCUCUCCAUUUUGUUUUGGCUCUUCAUUUCACUAUUUUUUUUU